AAGUACAAGUGCCGUUGAAAUUGAAAGCACCUAAGGUGUCUGCUAGGCUAGAAAGGAUAGAAACCUCGUACGACACUGUGUUAUGAAUUAGAAUUUAGUUGAUAAUUGUGUAUUCUUUUUUUAAAAGUAACACAAUUUUGUUACCUCUUGAGUCUUUUAGAUUAUGACGUUGUGAUGAAUUUAUUGUCAUUGUAGCUGAAGACUGUUUUAACGGAAUGGAACGUUUAUAGGAAGUCCUUCAAACGGAUAGGUGUUGGACCCGAUGGUUUUUGCGACGUUUAAUAUAAUUGCUAAGUUUGCAAGAUUCAUCGGUAACUUCUAAACAAAUAAAAGCAUCACAAUGCCAGUAAUUGAAGGUGUCGGUGAUGAAGUCUUCCAUGUUCUCCUUAUUGCCCUAGUUGUCAUUUUGGGCAUAGUGGGAUGGUGGUCAACAAGCAUCUCAGAACAACCGUUAAUUCGAACUGUGCUUAUACUUGAGCCUCGACACCAUUCAAGUCCAGAAAUUACUCCUACUGUUCCAACUCCUAGCCCUCCCCAAGAUACUGGUCAAGCUGACUCUGCAGCUCCUAAUGAUGUUCACGCUGAGGCUGUGCCAGUGCCCAAUACUUCAAGUGCGUCAAAAAAUCAGAGCCAGAACUCAGCAGAACCGUCAGAGUCAGUACCGCUGGCAGGAAGCACUGACGCUCCCUCAAGUUCUAGCCUAAAUCCAGAGGUUGCUGGGACCUCCAGCUGCCCAGAUCUUCCUCCUGCCAAUAGCACAUCACAUGAUGCAACCAAUAACUCAGAUAAUGGAGAUCAAGGUGGUGGAGAUACUUCAGCUGAACCAUCUAACAGUGCGAAUGAACUUAGAAGGAGAAGGCUUCAGUUUUUUGAAGAAAGGCAGGGACCUGAAAAUGCUACCAGUACAUGUUCUCAGACAGCUGAUUUGCCUAUCAGUGAAAGUCUUGAAAGUACAGAUACUGGUGGUUUUUCCAGUAAUACCCUAGGACUUUUAGAGCAACAAGAUUCGGCAACCGAAACAACAGAGAAUGAAGAGUCCCCAUCAAACCCAUGCCAAGCAUGUGAUGAUAUUCGAAUCAAGCUGAAAUUUCUGAAUGACAACCAGAAAUUAGUGCAAGGAAAGCUCCAAGAACCAUUAGGUGAUUUCAAGAGACGUAACUUUGCUGUUGAAUUAGCAGCUCGCAAAGUAAUAAGACUUAUUUUUAAUGGACAAGUUUUGCAGAGUGAUGAUAGAACACUUCAAAACUAUGGGUUAUUUGAUAACUGUGUUGUUCACUGCCUGGUCCAUAACCAACGCACCUCAAACUCAAAUGUGGACAAUGGCACAAAUAGCAAUAUUGGAGAAGAUGUACAAUUGGGUGGAGCUGAUGCAGGUGAUAUGAGAGAUUGGGAUCUAAGCCAUGUAUUGUACAUAUCCAUGUUUGUAAUGCUGUCUACUGCCUGGUACCUUCGUAUAAAUUUUUCUCAAUUUUUCUCGGCCACUGCAACAGUAGCUCUAUUUGGUCUCUCAGGAAUAUUCAUUAUUUUCCUCGUUGGGGCAUACAUUCCAGAUCAAGAUAUUGUUUUGCGUACCUGAUUGUGGGAGGAGGCGGCUGUUGUAAGCCGUCUCUUGUGUGUUUUUUGGAUUCACAUGGUAUACUUCAUGUCAGUUGUAGUAGUAACAGGACAUGCAGUAAAUCGUCAUUAUCUGUUUAAGUUGGCAGAGAUAUGUGAUCACUGGAUUUAGAGACUAAAAUUUUCCAGAAGUAAAUUUUUUGAACCUUAAUCUGUUAUCAGCAAGCAGCAUAAAAAUGUGACCACAGUCCCCUAUAAGUUUUUAACAGUUUCAUUAAAAAAAAAAAAAAAAGAGGUAACAAAUCAUGCAAAAUUGCAAUGUGCAAAUUGUGCCCCCAAAAAAUAACUAUUAGUAACAGAAUUGAAGGUUUUUUAUUUUCAAAUUUGUUUUGCUUCAAUUUAUGUUUCUUGGGUAGCCUCCAUUUAGUUGCUUUCAACUGAAUAAAUUACUACAUUAGUUUCUACGCAAUUGUAGCAUAGAUAAUAUUGCCCAUCACUCAUGCUAGAAGUCCUUGGUGCUCAAAACUUAGUUGGUUAGUAUUGUAGAGUAAAAGAUUCAAAACUGUGUGUGAAUCCUAUGCCUUCGGUUAUCAUUCUCACCCUUGUACUUUCCCUUUUUGUGGGUGCCCAUUCAUGGUCAUCUAGUUCUCCAGUUGGAAUUCACAAAACCUUAAUUAAAACUGUCAGUUACCAUUGUUAUAUAUUUUGAUGUUAGAAUGCAGGUAUUGUUUGUUAUUUGAAUAUAUUUGACAUGUUAAGUGAAUGUAACCAAAGGAAGUGAAAUGUGUUUGGCAAAAUGAGGCUGUUGUGAGUGCUUUAUAUCUAAAAAUUCAAAACAUGUUUGUUAAUCUAUAUCUUUUUUUUUUUUUUUUUU